AUGGGUUUAGUUAAAACCAGAUACAUGCAACAGGGAUCAACAUCCAGUGCGUUGAUGCAGUUGAGUUUCAGAUUAUUGGUUUCUCUCAUGAAGGGUGUUAUGAGGUUUGGCAAGAAGGAGAAUCUUAGUCUCCAGGAUAUUUUUCCUUACAGGAUAUCCAAGAGGAUUGACAAUGUAGCUUAUGAAUUGGAGCUACCGUCAAAAUUAGCAACAAUAUAUCCGGUAUUUUACAUUUCCAUGUUGAAGAAGUGUAUGUAUGAGCCUGAAAUUAUAAGACCUGCUGAAGAUAUUGGUGUUAAAAAUAGUUUAUCUUAUGAGGAGAUUCUUGUUCAGAUUCUACAUCACCAUGUUCGCAAGUUAAGAACCAAGGAGGUAGCAUCAGUAAAGGUUUUGUACAGGAAUUAG